GAAGCAUUAGUGUGUUUUUUUAUUGUCCUUAAGUUGGUUGUGUGAGACAUUUUCCUUGCAUCCUUAAGUUUGAUGUGUGUGAUACUGGAGUAUUUGUUUCAUAAGACAUUUAUCAGUUGUGUUGUACCAAUAAAAAUUUGGCUUGCUAAUUGUUACUUUUUACAGGCUUUCAUUAUCUAUGAGUUCUUCUAGCUGUUCUAGUGAAUCUGGAGACACUUCUGAGUCUGAGAAUGCCAUGGUUGUGGAUGAGUCUGAUGAUGACGAUUUUAUGGUAGCAAUGGUUGCUUUGGAAUGGAUGGCAUCAGGCAAUCUGCACAACAAGACAAUGCAUAAUUCUUCAUUACCUGUCAUGACAGGUAUACAGUGGGUUGAGUUAACACUACAAAAUCCAGUUGAUUGCUAUGACAUGUUCAGAAUGCGAAGGUCAGUUUUCUUACGGGUUCAUGACACCUUGGUACAGAAUUAUGGAUUGAAAUCAAGCAGAGUAUUUUGUAGCAAGGAAGCCUUAGGAAUGUUUUUAUGGGCUUGUGGUGCACCUCAAUCUUUUAGGCAAUGCAGGAACAAGUUUCGUCGAUCGUUAGAAACUAUUAGUAGAAAAUUUGCAGCAGUUCUUGAUUCCAUUAUGAGAUUAGCUUUUGAUAUUGUGAGGCCAAAAGAUCCACAUUUUGGUACAAUCCAUCCUAGACUGCAAGAAGCAAGGUUCUAGCCGCAUUUUGAAGAUUGCAUAGGUGCAAUAGAUGGUACUCAUAUACCGGUAACUGUGUCAUUAAGUGAGCAACCCAAAUACAUUGGUCGCCAUAAGUAUGCCUCACAAAAUGUGAUGGCGGUAUGUGACUUUGAUACGCGGUUCAUAUUUGUUGUCACCAGUUGGCCUGGUUCUGUUUAUGACACUCGUGUACUAUUGGAUACGCUAGUCACAUAUAAGGACCAGUUUCCGCAUCCUCCUCAUGGAAAGUAUUAUCUUGUUGACUCUGGAUACCCUAAUAGAAAAGGAUUUCUUGCACCCUACAAGGGACAAAGGUAUCAUGUUUCCGAAUGGCGUCAUGGUCACCAACCAGUGGGAUUGAAAGAGGUGUUUAAUCAUGCACAUUCAUCCCUUAGAAAUGUGAUUGAAUGGUCAUUUGGAGUUCUAAAGAUGAAGUGGCGCAUUCUCAGGAACUUGCCCAGUUAUCCAGUUAACAAGCAGUCCAAGAUUAUAGUUGCUUGUAUGGCGCUUCACAAUUUCAUUAGGGAAUGUGACUUACAAGAUCCGCAUUUUGAAGAAGACGUUGAAGAUGAUAGUCCUCAUCCAACUUAUGAUGACGAUGGUGGUACUGGAGAUGAUGUCGAUAUGAAUGCAUUUCGUGAUGCAAUCACUACCGCUAUGGUUUCGUGAUUUAGUUUAUAAAUUAGUUGUAUCCAUCAUUUAUGUACUCAAUGUUUAGAAAUUAGUGCUGGUACAUCUCUUGGGCUAAUUGUGAUAUUAAUCUAUUUGACCUAAUAGUAAUAUAAUUAUGUAGUCAAGAUUGUAAAAAAUUAUAAGAAUUAUUGAA